AUGACGCGUAGGAAUGGGCGAGUAGAAAACUCCGACCCAGCAGGCAUGGCGUCCGCGUCCAAUGCGCCGGACGCCAAGGACGGCUACAGCGGGGGUGCUGCUCUCCCUGCUGUCUCCUCCACCUCAUUCAACUCUGUUAGCUCCAUGGACAGCAGCCUCGCGGAAGCACAGUCGCACCGCCAACCCCGAGACGCCAUGACAGGUGAGACAUGCCGCGGUCGCUGUCUCUCUCUCUCUCUCUCUCUCUCUCUCUCUCUCUCUCUCUCUCUCUCUCUCUCUCUCUCUCUCUCUCCUCCUCUCUCUCCCUCCCUCCCUCCCUCCCUCCCUCCCUCCCUCCCUCCCUCCCUCCCUCCCUCCCUCCCUCCCUCCCUCCCUCCCUCCCUCCCUCCCUCCCUCCCUCCCUCCCUCCCUCCCUCCCUCCCUCCCUCCCUCCCUCCCUCCCUCCCUCCCUCCCUCCCUCCCUCCCUCCCUCCCUCCCUCCCUCCCUCCCUCCCUCCCUCCCUCCCUCCCUCCCUCCCUCCCUCCCUCUCUCUCUCUCUCUCUCUCUCUCUCUCUCUCUCUCUCUCUCUCUCUCUCUCUCUCUCUCUCUCUCUCUCUCUCUCUCUCUCUCUCUCUCUUCUUACUGAUCGUGAUGACGCCUGUGGUGCUGAUCUCGCCUUCCAGGAGCGGACCACCAGCUACGCUUCUCGGGCUUCACCAGUCACGCUCUUAAUUCUCGGUCUCUUCUCGGUCCGCUACGGCAUCUUUCUACUCACCUCACGGUCAGCGGCGGGGUGGGAGCGGGAGCGGGGGGGCGGCGGGUCGUCGGCGGGGAGGGCGCACGUGGAGCAGGCGAUGCAGCUGCGGGACGCGAUCGAGAAGAAGGUCGCGCGCAAAGAGGCCGCGCUCAAGGAGUGCAUGCGCGAGCUGCGGCGGGUGCGCGAGGAGCAGGCGCGGCGCAUCCAGGAGGCGAUCGCGGAGAAGACGCGCGAGUGGGAGGCGCAGUACGGGGAGCUGGAGGCGCGGCUCAAGGGCAUGGACGAGCAGCUGGCGGAAGCUAGCGCGGAGAUGGAUGCGAUGCAGGUGGUGCUUGAAGACAGACAGAUUCUCAUUAGUGAUCUAGAGCGCGAGAUGCAGCGGUUGAAAGAUGUCGCGGAUGAGGCGGAGGCGGAGAAGCGGAGGCUGGGGGGUAGGGUGAAGGAGUUGGAGGGGAGAGGGGGCGGGGGUGUGGGAGGGGAGGGGGAUGGCGGUGCGGAGGUGCGCGGGUUGAGGGAGGAGGUUGAGAUGUGGAGGAGGAGGUGGGAGGAGAGGGAGGUGGAGGGGAGGCGGAUGGAGGAGAGAGUGAGGAGGUUGGGGGAGGAGGAGCGGACACGGGAGGGGGAGGUGAGAGCGGCGGAGGAGGAGGCGGAGGGGUGGAGGAAGAGGUGGGAGGAGGCGGAGGGUGAGUUGAAGGUGGAGAGGAGGCGCGCGGAGGAGGCGGGCGCGGAGAGGGAUGAGCGGGACGCGACGCUCCGGGUGAUGCGCGGACAGGUGGAGCAGUGGAAGCGGCGGUAUGAGGAGACGGAGGGGGGCGCGGGGGAGCUGCGGGAGAAGCUGCGGCGGAUGGAGGCGGAGAUAGAGGAGCGGAGGGCGCAGGCGGCGGAGGAGGAGCGCACGCAGGCUGAGAGGCGGGAAAGCGUGAGGCGGGAGGGGGAAGUGGAGGAGGAGGCGCGGAGAGGGGAGGCGGAGAAGGAGUUGGCUCGGCUGGGGGAGAGGUGCGCGGAGCUUGAAGAGAUGGUGAGGCGCGCGAAUGGGGAGCGGGAAGAGGCGCGGAAGGAGGUUGUGCGCGCCAAGGGGGAGCGGGAUGGGAUGGCGGACGUGCGGGAUAGGAUGGUGGCGGAGUGGGAGAGCAUGCGCGUGGAGCUGCAGCGCGCGCAGGAGGAAGGGGGGAAGCUGCGGGAGGAGGUGGAGAGGGCGGAAGAGGGAAGGCGGAAGGCGGAGGAGCAGAUGGAGGCAGCUGUGCGGGAGAGGGAGAGAGUGAGGGCGGAAGUGAAUGGGGAGAGAGGCGAGGAGGAGGAGCGGUUGAGAGCGGUGAUGGAAGAGAGGGACGAGUUAAGGGAGGAGGUGCAGCAGCUGAAAGAGGAGUGGGAUGCGAUGAGGGUGGAGCGAGAGAGUGCGGGAAAAGAGAGGGAGGAGGUGAGGGAGAGAUUGAGGAGAAUGGAGGCGGAGGAAAGGGAGAGGGUACAGGGGGAGAAGGAAGAGAGGGAGAAGCUUGAGGAGGAGGUUGCGAGGGUGAGAGAGGAGUGGGAGCGAGUGAGGGAGGAGAGAGACGGGCUCCGAGACGAGGUGGAGGGACUGAUGCGAGUGAGGGAGAGGGAUGUCGGGGAGAAGGAGGGAGUGAAGGAGGUGAGGGGAGUUCUGGACAGGGAGAGGCAGGAAUGGGAAGGUGAGCGCGCGCAGUGGAAGAGCAGGGCGGAGGAGUGGGAGCGAGAGAGCGAGAAGUGGGCGGAGGAGAGACGUGCGUUAGAAGAGGAGGUGGAGAGGGUGAGUGGGGAGUUGGGACGUGCGCAGGAGGAGAGGGAGCGGUGGAGGGAGGCGGUGGAGCAGGGGGAGGAGGAGAAGGCGCACUUGACGCGCAUGGUGGCUGCGCUGCAGGAAGGGGAGGGUGAGGUGGCACGGUCCGUGCGCAGGGACGUUCAGAGAGACGCGCAGAGGGAGGUGGAUGCUGCGAGAGAGGAGGUGAGACGGCUGGAGGCGGAGUGCGAGAGAGUGAGGGAGGAGUGUGAGAGAGUGAGGGGGGAAAGGGAGAGGAUGAGGGCGGAGAAGGAGGCGGCGGAGAUAGAGAUGGAGGGGGAGAGAGGGGAGUGGGAGGGGGUGAGGGAGGAGAGGGACGAGGCGCGGAGGGAGAGGGAUGCUCUUGUGGAGGAGAGGGAGGCGUGGCGGAAGGAGGGAGAGGCGGUGAGGGAGGAGCGCGAUGAUGCAGUGCGGGGCAGGGAAAUGCUUCUGGCGCGAGUGGCUCAACUGGAGGAGGACAGUGGCAGGGUCGCGAGGGGUGUGGAGGAGGAGAGGGAGCGAGCGGUGAGGGAGAGAGAUGGAGCGGUGGAGGAGAGGGGGAAGGUGGAGCGGGAGAAGGAGAGGGUGAUGGAAGAGUUGGUGGUGUUGAGGGAGGAGUGUGGGAGACUGAGUGAGGAGAGUGAGCGGAUGCAUGAGGAGAAGGAGCGGUGGCAGAGGGAGAGCGAGCGAGUGAGGGAGGAGUGUGAGCGGCUGAGAGGGGAGAUUGACGGGGUGAAGGAGGAGCUGGAUAGGCUGGGAGAGGAGUGUGAGAGGCUGCGAGAAGAGAGCGAGAGAGUGAGGGAGGAGAAUGAGCAUGUGAGGGAGGAGAGCGAGCGAGCGAGGGAGGAGAAUGAGCGAGUAAGGGAGGAGAACGAGGAGGUGAAGAAUGAGAUGGCGAAGGUGAGGGAAGAGAGUGAGAGAGUGAAGGAGGAGAGGGAUAGGCUGAAGGAGGAGAGGGAUAGGCUGAAGGAGGAGAGGGAUAGGCUGAAGGAGGAGUGCGAAGCUGCGAGGAACGAGAGGGAGUGGGCAAGGGAGGAGCGGGAUCAGGUGAAGACGCUCAUGUCAGGGCUGGAGAAGCAGCAGCAGCAGCGGGAGGGCGAGGCGGAGGAGGGUGAGGCGCGAGAGGCAGUGCAGCGCGUGCAGGAGGAGCGGGACGCACUCAAGGGCGAGCUGGAGCGCGUGCGGGAGGAGUGGGAGGUGAUGCGCGAGGAGCGCGAGGGCAUGCAGGAGGAGCGCGACGUGAGCGUGAAGAACGCGGCGCGGCUCAUGGACGAGCUGGAGGCCGUGCAGCGCCGCGUGGCCCACACGCACGAGCAGCUCUCCGCUGUCUCCGCCACCGUUGCCCGCCUGCAGGGCGAACUGGCGGUUGCUGAGGAGGAGCGGCGCAAGGCGGAGAGACAGGCGGAGGAGGAGCGGGAGGGGAGGGUGGAGGUGGAGAGGGAGUUGCAGCGCGUGUGUGAGGAGAAGGUGAGGAUGGAGGAGGAGGUGGAGGGCGCGGUGAGGAGGGCGCGGGAUGCGGAGGAGCUGGCGGCGCAGCACAAGGCGACUGCGGAGGUGGCUGCUGCGCUUGCGGAAGAGGCGGCUGCGAGAGCGGCGGAGCUGGAAGAGGUGAUUCACGCUGGAGGAGGGGGUGGGGGGGGAGGGGAGAAUAGUGGGCGCGGGGAGGAUGGGCGGGACGGGCAGGAUGGGAGUGAGAGAGGAGGGGAUGGAGGAGAGCGGGGAGGAGGAGGCAAUGGUGGUGGUGGUGGAGAGAGGGCACGGCAGGAGACGGAGCAGCGGGCGGAGCAGCGGGAGCAGGAGCGGGAGGAGGAGGCGCAGGAGAUGGAGUGGGCACUGCAGGAGGCGAGGGAACGCAUAGCACAGCUGCAAGGGGACCUGGAGCAGGCGCGCGCUGAGAACGAGGCUGUGGAUGCUGAGCUGGCAGCCGUGGAGGACAUGGUGCUCCAGCUCACCGACAGCCUGGCGGAUAAGGAGCGGUUCCGCGCUGAGCUGGAGGCGGCGAAUGCACGCAUGGCAGAGGUGGAGGGUGACGUGGCGAGCUGGAGGGAGAGAGCGAUGGGGCUGGAGAGGGAACUGGAGGAGGAGAGGAGGAGAGGGAGAGAGAGAGAGGAGGGAGGAGGAGGCGGAUCCGGCACUCAGAGUGGGAGGUCGCAGCGGGAAGUUGAAGCUGAGCUGGCGGCAGCGCAAGCCAGGCUGGCAAGCAUGGGUGGCGAGCUGGACACGUGGCGCGAGACAACAGCCUCUCUGAACGCCAGCCUGGCAGAAGCGCAGCGGCGGAUCGAGGAGCUGGUGGCAGUGGAGGCAGAGGCGGGCGAGCUGAGCCAGCAGCUGGCAGAGGCACGGGAGAGGAUAGGUGAGCUGGACGAGGCAGUGGCUGCGGUGGAGAGAGAGAAGCAACAGGUGGAGGAGGACAUGAGCCAGACCCGCACCGCGUUCACUGAGGUGGCCGCUAAGGUGAUGCACACCAUGCAGCAUAAUGAGGAGCUUAAGCUGGAGUUAGCUGCGAUUAAGGCGCAGGGGGGAGCGGGAGGGGGAGGGAAGGGGAGGUUGAUUGAGGGUGGGGGUGGGGAGGGGAAUGGAGAUGGGGAAGGGGGUCAGGCACUGGCGCUGGUUUCGAGGCAGGGUGGCGGGUCGCUGGGGGAGCGGCAGAGCAGCAGUGGCAGCCGCGGCAGCGGCACCGGUGGCAGGAAGGCUGGUGCGAAGACUGCUGCCGGUGGUGGUGCUGGCAGCGGGGGCGGAGAGAGGAGCUCUAACGAGAUGGAAGCACUGGAGAAGCAGGUGGAGGAGCUGAGAGCAGCAGCGAGAGAGAUGGAAGCGGCAGCAGCAGGUGCGAGCAGCUGGGCACGCGAGGUGGAAGCUCGCUUAGUGGAGGAGAGUGCAGCACGGGAGGCAGCAGAGGCGGAGGCGGCGCGUGCCAAGGCGGAAGUGGGGCUGGUGAAAAUGCGGCUGGCAGCGGCAGUGGAGCGAGCGAGCGUGCUGGAGGGGUGUUUGCUGGAGACGGAGCAUAGAGUGUCGGACGUGAGGCGAAACAUCAUCUCGGCACACCACCGCAAGAUGGCCGCGGAUAUGGAGCAAGCUCUCUCCGCUGCUGCCAGUGUUGGGGUUGGCUCCAGUGGUGCUGGUGGUGCCAGGGGCGCUGCCUCGAAUCUGCUGGCGCUGCCUGCUCCUCCGCCUGCCUCCUCUGCCCCGACCGCUGCUGUUGUGGGAGCAGUGGCAGGCGGAGGUGCAGGCGAGUCGCCGUCCGUUGUAUCUGCACCAGCUGUGGCUGUUUCUCCGGGGGGUGGUGGCUCUGUCUUGCCUGCUGCUGGUGCCACCGCAUCAGUACCGGCAGCACCAGCGGCGUCCCUCUCCUCCUGCUCGUCCGAUGCCAACACUCCCCGUGAUGAGCCACUACCAGCACCGACACCAUCGUCAUCGGCAUUCUCAUCAGCAGCAGCAGCAGCGCCGGGCCUGGGAACUAUGGUCCCAUCAUCAGCAGCAGCCUCGGCGGCGGCAGCAGCAGCAGCAGCGGCUGGAGCAGCAGGAGUGGCAGAAGCAGCGGCGGCAGGGGGAGUGGCGGCGGUGGAUGUGGCGAGUCUGAACGGGCGGCUGAUGGCGCUGGUGGAGGAGCUGCAGGCAGAGAAGGCGGAGAGGCAGGCUGCUGUCUCCAUGCUGCAACACCAGAUGCACCACGGCAGGCUGGUAGCGCAGCAGCACAUGGAGGGUGGCAAUGUGUCAUCGCCGUCCAUCUCCUCCUUCACCGAUGCCACGGCCGACUCGCCCUUUGACCCCACGCACCGCCUCAUGCAGUCGGCAGGAGCAUCAACCUUCUAUACAACAUCGCCCCUCCUGCACCACCACAACCCCAACAACCCCAACUCGCCCUUCUUCCUCCACCCCUACACCCACUCCUCCAUCCUCCCCUCCUCAGCCCUCCCCCACGACCCCCACAUGAGGCCCUUCUUUCUCCCUGCGUCCCCUGCUGCUGCCGACGCCUCCUCUCUCCUUCACCCGACAGGAGGGUCCACAUCACUCUCUGCUUCAGCUACUGCCGCUGCUGCUGCAGUAUCAGCAGGGAAUGGCGCUGACAUGGCACUGACAGCGCCAGGUGGCAUGGGGUCGUCAGCGCUGCUUGCCUCGCUGGCAGCUCAGAGGGAGGCCCGGGGUGGGGGUGCAUCUGGAACGUCCCUUUUGAUCCACCACACGGGGCUGUCUCAACAGCAGCAGCAGCAGUCACAGCAGCAGCAGCAGCAGCAGCAGCAGCAGCAGCAGCAGGGGAGGCAGCGAGCAGCAUCACCCACAUCUCGGAUCCUCUUUCCAGAUGCCUCCUCUCCUGCUUCUGCCUCGACUGCAGCUCCUCAAACCACCACCACAGGCCGUGGUGCUGUGCGUGGUUCGGCCAGCACUGGUGGCUCUGGCACCGCACUGCACCGCACCGCAGGCGCCUCUGGCUCGGGCAACAGCAGUGGACGAGGAGGUUCGGACUCCAGGGGACUUAGAGGCGCCACUGCCUCCUCUUCUGCUGCUGCUGCUGCUGCUGGCACGGGCAGCAGCAGGCGAAGCACAACACCAGGGAGAAGCACAGGCGGUGCGGGUGCGGGUGGUGGUGCAGGUGGUGCAGGGAACGGUGUGGGGCCUGGGCACGCUCGUAGGACCGCGUCCCAGCCCAUGGCAUCCACAUCGCAUCUCCAAUCGUUGCAGCAGCAGAGAGCACGGCGGAAGACAACACCGGAAGUAGCAGCAGGGGGGGGGGGGAACAGGCAGCAGCAGUGGCACCGCAGCGGAUCGCAGCCACCUGUCACCGUCCCCGUCACCACGAGCAUCGGCAUCAGCCUCGACAUCGGCAUCAGGCUCGGCACCAGCCUCGGCAUCAGCAGCAGCGGUGCAAGGGCCUGCUCCUUCACCCGCACUCUCUCCGUCGCCUCCUCCUCCCUGCUCACCGACCCCCACACUGCUGCUGCCGCUGCCGGUGCUGCGUCUGCGAGGGCGAACGGAGGCGGCAGCAGUGGAGGAGUGAUAAGCCCUGGUGCGACUAGGUUGGGUGGGGUGAUGGAAGGUGUGGGAGGGUCAGGAUCGCUGGUGCCAGCAGAUGGCUGGGCCGGUCCGCCUGGCAGCAGGGCAAGGCCGAUAGGGUCCGGAGGUAUAGGCUCUGGGAGGGCGGCAGGGGUUGGUGGGGGUGUGGCAGGGGCAGGCGAGUGGUCGGGUGGGAGGGGUGGGGCGGGAGUGCGUGGGAAUCGAGGUGGGGUUGGGGGUAAUGGUGGUGUUCGAAGCGGUGGUGGUGGGUCUCUGGGUAAGUGA